GAAAAGAGCUUGAUUUGCAAUUGCUCUCUCUCUCUCUCUCUCAGAGCACAAAGAACAAUAAGCGCAAAGUAUCAACUUAAACAUGGCUGAGGAGCAAAAUUUGCAUGAAUCAGUGAGCAAGUGGAAGUUACCUGUUGGUGUUUUCUUCAAAGAUGCAAGGCGGGUUUUCAAGUGGGAUAUUCUUGGUAAGGAGAUACUAGAGAUUGCAUUCCCUGCUGCUUUGGCUGUAGCUGCUGAUCCUGUCGCUUCUUUGAUUGACACGGCAUUCAUAGGUCACAUAGGUCCUGUGGAACUUGCAGCAGCAGGAGUAUCUAUUGCCCUGUUCAAUCAAGCUUCAAGAAUUACUAUAUUCCCAUUGGUCAGUAUUACAACUUCCUUUGUUGCUGAGGAAGAUACUGUUGCAAAAAUGAACAUCAAAUCAGAAAAAGGUGAGCAAUUGCAAAAGGCAGACAUGCUUGAUGACUUGGAAAAAGGGGCUGCUAAACCAAAUGGUACAGCUAAAGAAAAUGGUAAGCAUCUGGGAAGUAAAACUGAAAACAGUAAGAAGGAAGAGGCUUCUGCUGAGGAUGAUGUGCAUGUGGCAGUGGGAAAAGGUGCACUUGGAGCGAAAGGUGAUAGCUCAGACAAUGGAUUACCUGAAAGCAGUGAAGCAAACAAAGCCAUAGGUUCAAGAACAACGGUUGACAAGCGCCCUUCUGAUCUCAUGAGCACCAAUAAGAAGGCAAAAAUCAAGAAACAGAAGCGACACAUUGCUUCAGCAUCGACAGCACUCAUCUUUGGAGCAAUACUUGGCCUUUUGCAAGCCAUAUUUCUCAUGUUUACAGCCAAAGUUCUCCUGGGCGUCAUGGGUGUGAAAUCAGAUUCCCCUAUGCUAGCCCCAGCACAGAAGUACUUGAGAAUAAGAUCAAUAGGUGCACCUGCAGUUCUUCUCACAUUGGCCAUGCAAGGGAUCUUCCGAGGUUUUAAGGAUACCAAAACUCCUUUAUAUGUCAUUGUUGCGGGGUAUGCAGUUAACAUUGCCUUGGAUCCACUGCUCAUCUUUGUCUGUGGCUUGGGCAUCAGAGGUGCAGCUAUGGCACAUGUUCUUUCACAGUACUUGAUGGCACUGGUACUCUUCAUAAUCUUAACAACAAAAAUUGAUCUCUUACCUCCAAGUAUUAAAGAUUUGCAGUUUGGUCGGUUUCUGAGGAAUGGUACUCUGUUGUUGGCUAGGGUGGUUGCUGUGACAUUCUGUGUGACCUUGGCAGCAUCGCUGGCUGCACGGGAAGGUCCAACUCCUAUGGCUGCAUUUCAGACUUGCCUGCAGGUUUGGUUGACAUCAUCUCUUCUUGCUGAUGGCUUGGCUGUUGCAGGGCAGGCUAUUCUAGCGUGUGCAUUUGCUGAGAAAGACUACAAGAAGGCCACAGCUACCGCAAGCAGGGUAUUACAGAUGAGCUUUAUCCUAGGUGUGGGGCUUGCUUUUGUUGUCGGGAUUGGUUUGUACUUUGGAGCUGGAAUCUUUUCUAGAGAUGUUAAUGUUUUGCACCUUAUAAGGAUUGGCCUCCCGUUUGUAGCAGCCACACAACCGAUCAAUUCACUGUCUUUUGUCUUUGAUGGUGUGAACUUUGGAGCAUCUGACUUUGCUUAUUCUGCAUACUCCUUGGUUCUGGUGGCCAUAGCAAGCAUUGUAUCCUUGUUCCUUCUCUCCAAAUCCCAUGGUUUCGUUGGAAUUUGGAUUGCUUUAACCAUUUAUAUGGCGCUGCGUGCAUUUGCUGGUGUAUGGAGGAUGGGGACUGGAACAGGGCCUUGGCGCUUCCUCAAGGGUCGAUCACCACCAUAGGAAUAUUUAAGGCUCUUACUCCCAUGAUUAAUUUUUUGCCUUAUCAUCUUUUCCUUACUAUUAUUAGCAUACAGUCAUAAAAACUCAACUUUCAGUCUGCAAUUUUUCCUCCUUUUUCUAUCAUUGUGGUGACCUGUCCAGGAUGUUGGUGAUUACAUAUUGUUGUACUAUAUAGUCCAUAAUUUCACAUAGUCAUUGUAUUUGCUGCCCCUCCUCUUUCUUUGGGGUGGAUGGAUUGAUUGGAACGAAAUGACAAC